GGCAUCAUCAUGAUCAGCUAAAAUUAAAAAUUCCCCAUCUUUUAAUACUCCUAAGUUCAUUCUUUUAGAAAAAAAAACAUAAGAUCCUUAAACCUCAAGAUAUACUAUUACUAAGGAUGUUUCAGAAAAGAAUAUCUUUUAAGGGAAAAGAUUACUCUCAGCAAUGCCAAUUCUUAUUUCCUCUAGCAAAGUUAACUUUUUUCGCAGUUGUCUUGUCUUCUGUCUUGCCUUAUGCAGAUGCAUUUGAUCCAUUGGAUCCAUUUGGUAAUAUCACAAUAAAAUGGGAUGUCAUGUCUUGGACACCAGAUGGUUAUGUGGCUGUUGUAACAAUGAAUAAUUUUCAAAUGUAUCGGCAUAUUAUGAGCCCUGGAUGGACUUUAGGAUGGAACUGGCCAAAGAAAGAAGUGAUAUGGUCCAUUGUGGGAUCACAAACAACAGAGCAAGGUGACUGUUCUAAGUUUAAAGGAAAUGUACCUCAUUGCUGCAAGAGGGAUCCUGUACUGGUGGACUUGCUUCCCGGAGUUCCUUACAACCAACAGUUCAGCAACUGUUGUAAAGGUGGUGUUCUCGCAUCUUGGGGCGAAGAUCCUUCUGAGUCGGUAUCUUCCUUUCAGAUUAGUGUUGGACUUGCUGGAACAUCAAACAAGACAGUAAAACUACCCAAGAAUUUCACUCUGCUUGGACCAGGACCAGGCUACACUUGUGGCCCUGCAAAGAUAGUUCCAUCCACAGUUUUCCUCACUGCAGAUCAUAGGCGAAAAACUCAAGCAUUGAUGACAUGGAAUGUGACAUGCACGUACUCACAGUUUCUGUCAUCCAAGUACCCGAGUUGUUGUGUUUCUUUCUCAACUUUCUACAACGACACCAUCACUCCUUGCCCAUCUUGUGCUUGUGGUUGCAAUCAUAAACACAACUGCAUCAUGGGAGACUCGGAAAAACUGAAAAGAAAGGGAAUUAACACUCCAAGAAAGGAUAAUGAACCAUUACUGCAAUGCACCCAUCACAUGUGCCCAAUACGCGUGCAUUGGCAUGUUAAGCUCAAUUACAAGGAUUAUUGGCGAGUCAAGAUUGCUAUCACUAACUUCAAUUACAGACAGAACCAUUCACAUUGGACACUUGUGGCACAACAUCCUAAUCUCAACAAUGUCACUCAAGUUUUCAGCUUCGACUACAAGCCUCUCGUGCCCUACCAAUCCAUUAAUGACACUGGCAUGUUCUAUGGUAUGAAAUUUUACAAUGAUCUCUUGAUGGAAGCUGGACCUUCGGGGAAUGUUCAGUCUGAGGUGCUUAUGCAAAAGGAUAAGAAUACAUUCACACUGAAGUCAGGAUGGGGAUUUCCCCGGAGAGUCUACUUUAAUGGAGAUGAAUGCAAACUUCCACCUCCGGAUUCAUACCCAAUUUUGCCCAACUCUGCUGAAAAAAGACCAUUUUCAUUUUCAAACACUGCAAUUUGCACUAUUUUGAUGAUUUUCCUCACUUGGUAAUGGAUAAAACCA